AGUCAGUUCGUGUUCGUGUCUCUCCGUGGGUCCGUCGUCCGUAAGGUUUAUAUCGCGCAAAAGAAAGCAGCUGCAGAAAAAGGGAAAAGGUAGUUUUGGAGGUGAAAGGUUUGGCUUUUUCCUCUCUGCGGGCGUGUGUAUUACUCCGUAAAGUUCCGAGCUAACCCGCCGACGAAUCCAGGAUCCACUGAUGUAGAGAGCAACAGGAUUACCGGAGAUUAAAAGGAAAUAAUAAAUCUUGCCGGAACCCCAGGGCCGCUGCAUAGGAGCACACUACAGAGGAGGAAGAGAAAUAAGAUAGGAAAAAAUGGGUGGCCAAAAGUUCCAGUACGAUGAAAGCGGCGGAACUUUCUUUUACUUCAUUCUGUCGUUUCUGGCGCUGAUCCUCAUACCGGCCACUUUCUACUUUUGGCCUCGGAAGAAAAAGGAAGACCCGGAACGCUUCAAAGCAGAAUGCCAGUGCGAACCAUGCAACAAAAAGCGCAUCCUAAUAUCACAUUCCGACCCGUACAAGGGAUUCAAGGCGUUCCUGAUCAAGGUGCUGAUCAUCGGUGGCUGGGCGCUGCUUGCAUUUCUAACCUACAAAGUGUCCCAAUUCGACUACGAGAUGUCCAACUUUGACCCGUAUGAAAUUCUGGGCGUCCCACCGGGCACCUCCGAGAAGGACAUCAAGAAAGCGUACCGCACCCUGUCAGUCAUUCUGCAUCCGGAUAAGGAAACCGGUGACGAGAAGGCUUUCAUGAAGUUGACCAAGGCGUACCAAGCCCUGACGGACAACGAAGCCAGGAAGAACUGGGAAAAGUACGGCAAUCCGGAUGGCCCGGGUGCGACGUCGUUCGGUAUUGCGCUGCCCUCGUGGAUCGUCGAGAAGGAGAACUCGGUGUGGGUGUUGGGUUUGUAUGCGUUGGUGUUUAUGGUGGCGUUGCCUACGGUGGUCGGAACCUGGUGGUAUCGAUCGAUUCGCUACAGUGGCGAUAAAGUGCUGCUGGAUACGACGCAGAUGUAUUUCUACUUUUUCCACAAGACUCCGCACAUGGCUCUGAAGCGGGUGGUGAUGAUUCUGGCUGCCAGUUUGGAGUUUGAUAAGAGGCACAACACGCAAGUGGUCGAACGACAGUCGGAUAACGAGGAGGUGCCAAUGCUUAUCAAACAACUACCGAACUUGAACGAAAAGUGUAAGGAGCUGCCGCUGUGCCGAAUGUACUCGAUUAAAGCCCGAUCCAUCCUGCACGCUCAUCUUAGCCGGAUGGUCCUGAAUCCGCACACACUGGACAAGGAUCGCCAAUUCAUCGUUAAGAAGUGUCCCUAUCUAAUCCAGGAGAUGGUCAGCUGUGUCAACCAGCUGAUUAUGCUUGCCUACGCUCGAAGAAUUUCCAAGCUGCCCACCAUUGAAACGAUCGAAAACUGCAUGAAACUGUCCCCGAUGAUCAUCCAGGGUCUAUGGGAGUUCAAAAAUCCGCUCCUGCAACUGCCGCACGUCACCGAAGAGCACCUGAAGUACUUCACUUCGAAGAAGCGCCCGGUUCGGAAUCUGCAGCAGUUUGCCCAGCUUCCAGCAGACGAAAGCCGCGGAGUGCUGCGAAGCUUGAGUGACUAUGACUACGAGAACGUAAUGAAGGUGCUCGGCAAAAUGCCCCUGAUCGAUUUCAGCGUCAAGUGCGAAGUGGUGGAUGACGAGAACUCGAACGUGGUAACUGCCGGGGCCAUUGUGACCGUCACGGUCGAGCUGGUCCGGAGGAGCAUGAGCGAACUGUUUGGCGAUACCACCGCCAAGGAGAAGCAAAGCAUUACUGAGGAAAACGACGAGGGAGCUGAAGGGGAAGAGAACGGUGGUGAGGGGGCACCGGCCAAGGACGAGAAAGAGGAAGCCAAGGCAAAGAAGCCCGCCUGGCAGCCGAAGGCAGGCAAGGGUCACAAGAGCAAAAGCAAAGGUGCGGCCAACAAGAACAAGCAACGACAAGCAGCAGCCGCUGCCGCAGCACAGGCUCAAACUCAGGUUACCAAGGUCGACAAGGUAAGAAAGAACAAAAUCAACGAAAAGGUUCGCAAGGAUGAUUCAGAUGCAGACAGCGGUGCCGAAAGUGACAACGAUAUCAGCUCCGAUGAAGGGAAGAAGUCCUCUGUGGAAGACGACGAUGUCGAAUGGGAAAAAUUCCAACAGAAAAUCAACAAACGUGAGAAAUUGGAAGGCAAAUCCAAGGUUUCCCAUCCGGUGCACUGUCCGCUGUUCCCAGAGGAAAAAUACGAAUACUGGUGGACGUACAUCUGCGAUCGGAAGUCCCGCACCCUCCUCACCGCGCCGUACCACGUCACCAAUCUGGUGCACCGCGAGGAGGUCGCGCUUAAAUUCACCGCCCCCAAGUGGCCCGGUGUGUACGUUUUCACCGUUUGCCUACGGUCGGAUUCCUACUUCGGAAUGGACCAGCAGGUCGAUCUGAAGCUGGACGUCAAGGAAGCGGCAGCGAUACCCACCGAACAUCCACAGUGGGACAUCAGCGACUCGGAAUCGGAAGCGAACGAACAGCAAGCCAACGAGAGCGAAUUCACCACGGAUUCGUCCGAUGCGGAGAAUGACGAUGACUAAAAUUAAGGGAAAAAAUACAACUGAAAUGCAAGCUGUGGUUGCGAGAGUGUGUGCACAAUGCAAGAGAGAGACUAUUAUUACCCUCCAAAUACCUACCCCAAUUUUGAUUUGUUCUCCGUUGUUGAUUUCCUAUCACCCUGAAUCCUGGAUGGACUCCGAUGUGCGCCGAGUGUUUCGCGUAAUUUGAUCCCACUGAUGAUGUGAGAGUGACACAUUUGCACGGGAAACGAAACGAAAAAAGGUAAGAGGACACUUUUUUAUAAAAACACUACAACGCUCGGUUGAAGCGAAAGACUACAAUAUUUCUAGAGAAAAUUUUGGGUAAAUGUAAGGUAGACUAAAAACGGCAGUUAUGUAGUGUACAAAAAAAAGUAAAUCUUCGCAACAUUACAUACAAUCACAAUUAUAGAACAUUAAAAGUCUGUAAAACAAAAGUGCAAGAAAGCAUAU